UUUACAAGAUGCUGAGGGAAAAUUAAGGAUGCUGUGUGCUAUAUGCAGGGGGAGUGAAAACCAUCGAAGGUCUGUUGCUGCCAGUUUGGUUCAGGGUGUCUACAUUCUCGAACGGGACCGCCAAGCAAAUCGUCAAGGUUCCCAUGCCCUUGCUCCUCCUUGGUGGGAGUUUCUCCAUUUUCGGCUGCUUCGUCCCUUUGUAGAUGAUGCUGAUUGUUCCAUCUUUGGAGCCAUUUAUGAAUUCAAUCCUCCAGCGUCUCACCGUGACCACUCACUAGAUGGAAGUCCACGAUACGUGAUUGCUUUCCGAGGCACCUUAAUAAAGCUAGGCACUGUCUUACGGGAUGCCGACUUGAAUAAGGACCUCAUUCUGAAUGAACUUCACCGGACAUCUCGUUUUGAGAUUGCUAUGCAAUUUGUCCAGAGCUUUGUUACUGAAGUUGGUGAUUCAAAUGUCUGGUUAGCUGGCCAUUCCCUUGGGUCAGCAAUGGCAAUGCUUGCUGGAAAAACUAUGGCCAAGACCGGCAUCUUUCUCGAAUCUUUUCUUUUCAAUCCGCCAUUCCUUUCUGGCCCAAUUGAGAAAAUUAAGGAUAAAAGACUGAGAACCGGGAUUCGAAUUGCAAGCAGUGCGAUCACAGCAGGGCUCACUCUUGCUAUGAGGACUAAACACCAGAGGAAUACGGCGGAGGAUCAAUUUGCUGCUUUGUCUGCAUGGGUCCCUUGUCUAUUUGUGAACCCCCGUGAUCACAUUGGUUCAGAAUAUAUUGAGUAUUUUGAACGCAGGAAAAAGAUGGAAGAGAAUGGUGCAGGAUGGAUUGGGAGAUUAGCAACCCAGAACUCGAUUGGAGGUCUGCUAAUGAAUGCAUUGGGGAAGGAGUACUCAGAACCACUACACCUCAUUCCUUCUGCAAGUCUGACCAUUAAUCCAUCUCCUUCCCAGAAUUUUAAACAAGAUCAUGGACUUGAGCAGUGGUGGAGUCCUGAUCUAAAGCCGCAAUCCAAACUCUACAAGUAUAGAGAGCUGUGAUUUUCACUGUCACGUCACCUUAAUCAUAUGGCAGUGUUAUAGCACUCCACUUAAAUAGCAUCUCUCUAUUGUUAUUAUUUCCUGAUACACCCUUAAGUUUGUGUGAUGAUAAAUUAUUUUGGUCUUCCUUGUAAUUAACGAUGGUAGCAGAUU